UUAGCCAAAGAGACAGAGUCACAUUUCAAGAACUCAGACGUCAUAUCCCCUUCCCCACCGGAGCUGUCCGGCUCAAGUUACUACCCAAGCAAAAAAGAAGCAAAGAAAACAUAUCAGCAAACAUAUGUUCUUCAAUGGAUUGCCUAGACCCAGCGCAGAACAUCUUGCUUACUAGGAAAUUCCUUUAAGCCGGGGUUAGACGCAAUACUCGACAACUACAGUUUCUAUUCGACUAUUGACUGGUGGAUUGUGCUGCUGAACUUGAGAUUUCUUGGUUUCAAGGAGCGAACCCGGAGCCACUGCUAUGCCCGCAGAGUUCAAGCAACAUUUGGGGACAUCCGUGGGGUCGCUUGGAUAAGAGGGGCUUCGUUAUCUGGCAGAUCUGUAAGACGCAACCACUCAGGAAGUGGGUGUUAAGACUUGAUUGGCCAAGAGGAGAAGUGACCUUAUUGAACGGGAGCAGAAGCACGGAGGAAGUCGCCGAAGCUGACCACGACCUGGAUGCAUUACAUUAAACUGCACGUGUGAACUGGAAUGUUGCCAUGGACGGACCUCAUCACCACCUAGAAGACCAGAAAAGUCACCUUUGUAAAGUGCAAGGGCAGGAAUAUCAACGUGACAGCCAAAGACACAUGACCACCUAUCCUUACCGAUGCACAUUGGCAGACUUUAAAAUUGAUAAGAAAAUUGGUCGGGGGCAGUUCAGUGAGGUGUACAGAGCGACUUGUCACAUGGACAGGAAGCCGGUGGCUCUGAAGAAAGUCCAGAUAUUUGAAAUGAUGGAUGCCAAGGCAAGACAAGAUUGUAUUAAGGAAAUUGAUCUUCUGAAGCAAUUGAAUCACCCAAACAUUAUUAAGUAUCUGGACUCAUUCAUUGAAGACAAUGAGUUGAAUAUUGUCCUGGAACUGGCAGAUGCGGGAGAUCUUUCUCAAAUGAUUAAAUAUUUUAAGAAACAGAAGCGAUUAAUACCAGAGAGAACUGUAUGGAAGUAUUUUGUGCAGUCGUGCAGUGCCGUGGAACAUAUGCAUUCCCGCCGGAUCAUGCACAGAGAUAUAAAACCUGCUAACGUCUUUAUCACAGCAACAGGAGUUGUGAAAUUAGGAGACCUUGGACUUGGUCGGUUCUUCAGCUCCAAAACCACCGCGGCACAUUCCUUGGUGGGAACACCUUAUUACAUGUCCCCAGAGAGAAUUCAUGAAAAUGGCUACAAUUUCAAGUCAGAUAUUUGGUCCCUGGGCUGCCUUUUGUAUGAGAUGGCAGCACUACAGAGUCCUUUCUAUGGAGACAAAAUGAACUUGUAUUCUCUGUGUCAGAAGAUAGAACAGUGUGAAUAUCCUCCCCUACCCACAGAACACUACUCAGAAAAAUUACGAGAAUUGGUCAGUAUGUGCAUUUACCCUGAUCCAGACCAAAGACCAGAUAUUGGCUACGUCCAUCAAAUAGCAAAACAGAUGCAUGUGUGGACUUCUAGCACAUGAAACCAAAAAGAAGGAGCCUGUGGAGGAAGACCCAAUCUUUAAACCUUACUUGAAUAAUACUUCUAAGAAGCGGAUGUCCCAGGAAGAGCGGAAUCUUCUGAAUUCAGUGACCUAGCUACACAAGGACUUGUAGGCCAGGUUCCAGGUGUCACUUCCAGGAGACAACACAUUUAUAAUGGAUUGCAGAUGUUAAACAUUGCAGUUAUAGAUCGUAUGAAGGGAGUUGCGUGUGAUUUAGAUUAGAUCAUGAUGACAUAGGUGCAUUCAGGAAAGAAACAAUCAUAAUCCAAAUGUGAACAUUGAAAGAAUUGCUCUGGUUAUCUUCUUCUACUGAAUAUACAAACCAUUUUUAUAGAUUAUGCAGCUUUAAAAAUCCCAUCUGCUCUAGUACACACACAGCAGCCAGGUUGUCUACCUACAAACUCUUUCCUAUCUGCAAAUAAUUAAAUCAUUGCUUGUAAAUUCAUUGUUCAGAAAUAAGUUUAGAAUGUUUUUUCUUGGGGAAAGGGGACAAGGGCUAUUAAGAAAAAAAAAAAAGAAAAAAAAAGAGGAGAGUGUUUAUAUUGCUAGUAUUGAUUUACUGCUUAUGCUCUGUGUCCCAACAUGUCAUAACAAAAGAAAGAUGUUAUUUUUUUUUCAAGACUUCAGUAUAUUAACUUUAAGAGCAGUGCCAACCAUGCAGCAGGCACUGCCAAAUGAGUCAGGACCGUUGAUAUGUAUUUUUUUUAUUAACUGUGAAAGAUCAUUUUUAAAUGUGAACUCUAGAGGAAAGUACUGCAGUCUGAAAGAGUCCCUCAAACUAUUCAUUCUGUAAUAUUUUCAUAUUGAUAAAACUGCUACAAAGCUGUUAAGGUACCACAAGCACUCCACACACUUUUGGAGUGGCAGAGUUGCAGGUAUCCUUGGCCAGCUGCAGAACACAAAAUUCCAUACUGAAAGGCUGCUAUAGAGAUUAUAAAGAAAACAUUUCUGUUACAGUAUCUGCUCCAGUGUUAAUAGCAUAUGGCUUUCUCAAGGAGGCGUUAUUUUGUGGUUGAUAAAAAAAAAAAAAUCUUUGCCAAUAAACUUUUUCUCCAAAAUUGA